AUGAGUGGGCUUACAAUUACAAGAGACAAAGAUCGCUAUCAAAAAAUUGGCAAACUAGGAGAAGGCGCUUAUGGAAAAGUCUACAAGGCUGAAGAUACUAAGACUAAUGCAAUAGUUGCUCUCAAAAAAUCAGUCUUUAAAACAGACAAAGAAGGAAUCCCAGCUCAGACUAUCCGCGAAAUAUCCUUGCUCAGAGAUCUUGUUCACCCAAGUAUAGUGUCCUUACAAGAUGUCCUUAUUUUAGAAAAUAAGCUGUAUUUAAUUUUCGAGUACCUUGAGCAAGAUAUAAUAUUAAUUGGUGGCGAUCCAACCUGCACUCUUAAUGCCUGAAAUCGGGGAGUCAUGGGGCCUUGUGGAAGAGAGAUAGCAUUUGGAAAUGUGUAUCCUUGUGGAAAGCAAUGUCGGGCUUGCUGACUGCAAGUUAACAUUCAGAUCAGGAUUUUAUCUUAUGGGGAGAUGGCUCUUCGGAGUUGGAAAGGGAAUGCCCAGCACCGCCUAGGAGGCACUUCUUGGCAAAUUUGGCAACUUCCCAGCGAUAUUAGGCAUUGCUUCCAGGGCUACGAAGUUCCAUCUUGGCUAGAAACUUCGCCAAAGAUUUAAUUUUUCGAAUUUUCUGGAAGGGCAACGCGUUUACACGCAGUAGGUGACCUAGUCUGCACACUAGGAAAUAACCAAGCCUGACCUAGAGGAGCCCGACACUCGGCUAACAGGUUGUCCGAUAGAUGGAUCGGAUUUUCCCCUCCAGAUCGAGGUCGGCAAGGUGUCUGAGAACGAAGCAGAGAGCUUGCAACGCAAAAUUCGAUGCCGAGAGCUUUUAAAUAAUAAAACUUAAAUAAAUAAUCUAGAGCAAGAUGUUAGGCACUUUCUCGACAAUACCAAGCUCCCCUUAUCUGAGUACAUGCUGAAGAAAUUCCUCAUCCAGCUUUUAACUGCUAUAAACUAUUGUCACUCUCAUAGAAUACUUCAUAGAGACCUCAAGCCUCACAAUCUUCUAUUAGACUCAAAUAAUGAUUUAAAGAUCGCAGAUUUUGGACUUGCAAGGGCUUUUCAAAUACCCUAUCGGCCUUAUACAACUUCUGUACAAACAUUGUGGUAUAGGGCUCCUGAAAUAAUUUUAGGCUGCGAGGUGUAUAAUACUGCAAUUGACUUGUGGUCUGUUGGCUGCAUCAUGGCUGAGCUUAUUAAUGGGUUUCCGCUUUUCCCUGGAAGAAAUCACAUUGAUCAGCUAUUUACUAUUUUCAAGGUUUUAGGGACUCCCAAUGAGUCUAGCUGGCCAGGAGUAUCAAGCUUAAGCUACUUUUCCCAAGAUUUUCCUAGAUGAACACCUGUACCAUUUGAAAGGCUAUUUCCAGGAUUUAAUGAGCUUGGCCUUGAUCUCCUCAGUAGACUCCUAUCCAUGAAUCCAGAAGAAAGAAUUUGUGCAAGAGAUGCCCUGAAUCAUGUAUAGAAUUUUCCCAUAGAUGGUGCUGUUUGCCUUUGAUUUGCCCACUGAGAAAAUUUUUUGCUUUGACCAAACCAUAUGGUACUGGUCUAACCAAAAAUUUUCCCAGUGGCCAAAUCAAGGGCAAACAGCGCCAAAUAAGGGAAAAUUCUAUAAUUUCUAUUUAGCCUUACCUCAAGAGUGGUAGAAUCCUGACUGAAAGAAUUAACAAUCAUUAA